UAAUGAGGAAGGACUAGUGUUGAACAAGUAAUUGAUGAUGCCAGCUGCAUAGCGUAAGUAGUAUACGUACGUCGCUGACACGUCGACUUGCAAACGCCUUUCUUACAGCUAGCUCUCCUCCAUCUCAAUUUAUUCUGGUCACUAUGACCAUCUCAGACUACCUGGUCACAGACGAUCUCACCGUUCUUCUCGGCUUCAUCGGGGUGUCUGUAUUUCUCCUCCAGAACCUCUACAAACCACAGCCUCUCGUCCAUCCAAUUCUCCUAGGUCGGCAAAGUGAUGCCGGGCGUGUGAGGAAUCCAGGCGAGAGUGCGGUUUACCGCAACUAUGGGACGGGGCUUAUGGGCAGGUUUCCUGUCCGACCUGACAAAGACGUGAAUGUUGUGACUGAUUUCGUGAAACCUGAAUUUGAUGCACCGCGUACUCUCUGGUCUACGAAAAUCACAAAUACUCAGCUGAAAGCGCGAGUCUCAGCUUUUGGCUCGGGGAUCGCUAAGCUUGUCCCAGAGGAUUCAAUUGUCUUGAUAUUGCUUAAUGAUUGCAUCGAGUUCAUUAUCACUGACCUCGCACUCUCGGAGCAGUCCAUUGCUUCCAUUACUCUGAGCUCCCCCAAGUUACUCGCACGAGUCCUUGAGAUGCACCCGCCCAAUGCCAUCAUCACAGACAAGACUUUUCUGCCGCACGUUCUUAAGGCCACUAGUGAUGCACACGAGCGCAAUCACGCGCUUAUUGUGGUUGACUGGUCUCAACCUUCGGAGAUCCUGAUACACUCCUGGAAUGAUAUUGAAUCUCAGGGCAAGGUACCUCAAGCCCCCAAAAAUGCUCCUCAGCCCGGUAGCGCAUACACCGUCUCAUUCUUCGAGACUCCAUCGGGUGGGGUGCAGUGUGUACAACUCUCGCACGAGAACUUCACUUCCGGGGUGACCGCGAUCAAGGCACUCUUCCCCUCGACCAUUAAUAUUUCUACUCUAGACACCAUAGUCUCUAGCCAUUCCCUGAGCACUCCAUACGGACGUGCCAUUGCUUACGCAGCUCUUUUCGAGGGCGCUAGUUUUGCAACUCUACCUUCGACAGGUACCUUCCAUGAUGGCGAUACACCGGCUCUAGAUGUAGCUGACAUCCUCUCUGCAACUAAGUUCCCGAUACCUUCUCCUACAGUCCUCUUCCUCAAGCCCGAACAUGUUCAAUCGCUUACAUCUUCGGUGAUAGACCGUGCGAAGAAGUCUUUCUUGUUCCCCCUGGCAUGGCGGCACAAAUUUGCUAGCCUUACAGAAGGAUUCGUUACCAAGGACAGUCUAUGGGACCGUACUGUCUUCGGUAGCGCGCGGGAAGAUGUACUUGGGAAAAUGGCUGACACAGUGAAGGCGGUUGUGAUCAGCGGCGGACUUUUACCGUCUGACGCGCUGGUGCCUGCUCGCUUGGCGCUCUCCAUCCCAUUGAUUAACACAUAUACGCAUGGAUCUGCCACUGGUCCUCUCUUCGCUACGCAUGCAUUUGAUCUGCAGAUGCUCCCUUCCUCGUCUCCAGCUACCGAACCUGCACAUGUUGGGGCACCAAGUGUCAAUGUUGAGGCAAAACUGAUCAGUGUCAAAGACAACGUAGUCGAACAGGGUGCGGACCCCAUUGGCGAAAUCUUGGUUCGAGGACCAUCAGUUGGUAACAUGCUGUCGGCUGAUGGAGAGGCUGGCGAGAAAAAUGCUUGGGUGCAUACGGGAAAGACAGCACGCGUGAUGACGAAUGGUGCGUUCAAAGUCCUUGGCUCUAUGUGAAAUUAUUGUUGUAGAAUUAGUUUGUUGCUCGUUUUGAUAUCUAUACAGUGCUGUUGUGCAAUCCCACCAAUGUACCCAUACUUACAUACUCUCCCACUAAAGUGCUGAUUCUGAUCCUUCACCGCCAAGACCAUAACAUAAGGUGAUCAUGCG